AGAUACUUCCUAAGCAGUGAGAAAGGGCUUGAAAGUAUAUUAAAAAGUACACUACAAAAUCUGCAUAGUAAUACAAAUCCCCAGGAGAUGCUCUGAAUUACAAGGAUCUCAUUGUCAAGAUAAGCCUUGGAGUAACUCAGGUUCUUGGAAGCUGUUCCUGUGGAUCUUUUUAGUCUGACUUGCAACUUAAGUCUCCUCUUUGUGUGGUCUAAUGAUGAGAAGUUGAAGGCUAAAUUAUCUUGCUGCACUCCCAGUCCUGCUUCAGAGACUGAGAUAUUUGUGCCUUUUGCCUUUUCUUUGAACAAGUAUUUAAAAGAAACCAACACAACCCACAAAGAAACUCCCUCCCUUUUCUAGCCUUGAAUCCCAAUUUAUGACUCAUUCGGCUGUUAUACUCCAAUUUCAGCAGCUAUUAUCCAGCUGCCUUCUCUGGAUUCAUUUAAACAGAGUCUGAGCUCCUAAUUUCUGGAAGUAAUUUCUCAAACAAUUGGGUUAGCUUUCUACUUGCUCAGAGAUCUUAUGGAGAUGAUAAAGAGGUGAUAGUGUGGGAGACAGUGCCUGAAUAUUACUGCAAAUAUUUGGAACUGCAGAGCAAUCCUAGAGAUUGGGAAUGAAAUUCUAUCUUCUUGCCUGCUGCUCUGCCUCACUCCCAGCUCUUGGUCUGUAUAGGAGGCAUUAUACUUUUAAAGAGAGAAAAUGGAACUGUGGUGCUGGACGUGGUCAAAGCAGGCGGAUUUCCAUCCACAUCACACUCUAGCCAUCGUUUCAGCCAUCUAAGCUGACUGCUAUAGCAGUCUUGGUAACUUGAGAUUUGGACAUGAUGUGGAAAACACUCAGGAUGGAAGGCAAAGUCCCAUGUCUGCUCCUGCUGGUGGGAGCAAUUGUGACUGCCCAGUGCCAGGGCUUACGCACACGUUUCAAACGGGGAGCCAGGUCCAGAGCCAUUUGCACAGAAAAAUCAUCUGGAGAAAUCUACCAGCACAGGGGGACCUGGCUGAGGCUUUCAGGGAGCAGAGUAGAGUACUGUAGGUGCGACAGCGGUUGGAGUCGCUGCCACACUGUGCCUGUCAGAGCCUGCACUAGAAUUAAAUGCUACAAUGGGGGCCACUGCUCACAGGCGUAUUAUUCCCCACAGCUCUUCGUCUGCCAGUGCCACCAAGGUUUCUCUGGGAAGCAGUGUGAAAUAGAUACUACAGUUAAGUGCUACAAAGAUGCUGGAGUAACAUACAGGGGUACAUGGAGCACGACAGAGAGCGGAGCUGAAUGUUUAAAUUGGAAUAGCAAUGGCUUGAUGGACAGGAAGUACAGCAGCCGAAGAGAGGAUGCUGCUGAGCUGGGACUGGGCAAUCACAACUAUUGCAGAAACCCAGAUGAGGAUUCCAGACCUUGGUGCUAUAUCUAUAAAGGGGGAAAGUACAUCUGGGAACACUGCAGUGUGCCCUCCUGUUCAAAAGCUGCUAACAGCAACUGCAAAUCUGGAAGAGGCACAGAUUACCGAGGCAGCCACAGUGUUACCAGCUCUGGAGCUACCUGUUUGAGGUGGAAUUCCCUAAUGCUUGUCAACAAGUUAUAUACUGCUUGGAGAAGAGAUGCUUACCAGCUGGACCUUGGUACUCACAACUUUUGCCGGAAUCCUGACAAUGACAGCAGGCCCUGGUGCCAUGUUCUGAAAGGAAAUCAGCUCACAUGGGAGUACUGCAAUGUGCCUACUUGCUCCAUCUGCGGCUUGCGGCAGCGCCGAGGACGCCAGUACAGGAUUAAGGGUGGCUCCUAUGCAGACAUUGCAGCUCACCCGUGGCAAGCUGCCAUCUUCGUGAAGUACCGCCGGGCACCUGGAGAGCACUUCCUCUGUGGAGGAAUCCUCAUCAGUUCCUGCUGGGUUCUGUCAGCUGCUCACUGCUUUGAGGAAGGCUUUAGUGCCAAUCAGCUGAAGAUUGUGCUGGGGAGAACAUCCCGAGCCAGUCCUGAGGAAAAUGAACAGAACUUUCAAGUGAAGAGCUACACUGUGCACCAGAGAUUUAACUCAGAAAACUUUGACAAUGACAUUGCUCUGUUGCAGUUGAACUCGGAUGCAGAGGACUGUGCUAUUGAGACAGACACGGUCCGUGCUGCCUGCCUCCCAACACCAGCACUACACCUUCCUGCCUGGACCGAAUGUGAGAUCUCUGGUUAUGGCAAAAACGACGAAUUUUCUCCAUUCUAUUCAGAGCACCUGAAGGAAGGCCAUGUGAGACUGUUUCCAGCCAGUCAGUGCACAACACAGCAUCUAGGCAACCGGACAGUUACAGCCAACAUGUUAUGCGCAGGAGACACAAGGAACCUUGAUGAUGCCUGCAAGGGUGACUCUGGAGGGCCUCUGGUCUGUAUGAAGGAUGAUCGGAUGUAUCUCAUUGGAAUCAUCAGCUGGGGAAUAGGCUGUGGCCGCAAAGACAUACCUGGUGUUUAUACAAAUGUGAAUCGUUAUCUGGACUGGAUUCAGAACAACAUGAAUCCUUGAGAAAGGAAAAUUAACUAUCCACAACCCUGUGGCCAUGCCCUCGCAGCUUCCUUCUUGGUGUUUUAAGGAUACUGACAGUGCUUCCCUUUGUUCUAUGGCUUUUCAUACCACAGGAAUGUGUGGGAAGGGCAGAUUCUCAAGUUCCUCUCCUUUCCUUGUUACAGGUUAUUGGAAGUUAACACUCCUUUCUCCCCACAUCCCUAGGCUUUCUCCUUGCAUCAAAUCACAAGUACUAUCAAAUUUAAUUUAUAAAGAGAGUAAACCAAAAGACAACAUUGUGCAUCCUAUGAGCAGCUAUGUUGGUUUGGGAAGGGGUAUGAAAUGAAGGCAAAGGGGAAUUAAAUUUCCUGAAAACUUAAAA